CCUCCCCCCCACAGACCCGCUGUUCACUCGCGCCGGUGUCUAACGGAGGCGUCUCACUCUCACUGUCUCCUCACUGUCUCCUGUCUCCUCUCGUUAACACCGCCCACAUCACGGACACCGGGACCAGGUUUGUGUCUCCAUGUCCCUGGAUUUGUAGGAGAGGAUACUACCCGCUUUAACCCGGGACAACGGUGAUAACCGGGAUAUAACUGUGCUCUCGGUGCUGGACGGAGGACGACAUGCUGCUGUCCAAGCUCAACUCUCUGGCUCACAUCUCCACCGGGGACAUCCCGAAGAUCCAGCUCCAGGUCCACCCAGUGAAGGAGAAGGAGGCGUUUGAGAAGCUGUACCAGGUCGGUCCGGUGCUAGGCAGCGGAGGGUUCGGAACCGUCUACUCCGGCACGAGGCAGUCCGACGGAGCUCCGGUUGCUGUCAAACACGUGUCCAAGGACAGAGUGUCUGAGUGGGGGGAGCUGCCCAACGGCUGCCGGGUCCCGAUGGAGAUCUUGCUGCUGAAGAAGGUCGGGUCGGGCUUCCGCGGCGUCAUUAAGAUGCUGGACUGGUUCGAGCGACCGGACAGCUUCAUCAUCGUGAUGGAGAGGCCUGAAAACGUCAAGGAUCUAUUCGACUUCAUCACGGAGAAAGGUGCCUUAUCGGAGGAGCUGGCGAGGAACUUCUUCCGCCAGGUGCUGGAGGCCGUGAGACACUGCCACAGCUGCGGCGUGGUGCACCGGGACAUCAAGGACGAGAACAUCCUGAUCGACCUCCGCACCGGAGAGAUGAAGCUCAUCGACUUCGGAUCCGGAGCCCUGCUGAAAGACAACAUCUACACCGACUUCGACGGCACCAGAGUGUACAGCCCACCAGAGUGGAUCAAAUAUCACCGCUAUCACGGCCGCUCUGCCACCGUGUGGUCCCUCGGGGUCCUGCUCUAUGACAUGGUGUGUGGGGACAUUCCAUUUGAACAUGACGAGGAGAUCACGAGAGGACAGGUCCUCUUCAGGAGGAGGAUCUCCACAGAAUGUGAACAGCUGAUCAAAUGGUGUCUGUCUCUGCGGCCGGCCGACCGUCCGUCCUUCGAGGACAUCACCAAUCACUCGUGGAUGCAGAGCACGUCCUCCUCCGUAGUCCCGUUCACGGUGCCGACGGAGAAGACCAGCACGGAGAUCCGGCUGCACAGCAUCAGCCACGAGUCCCCCGCCUUCACACCCAUCGCCUUCACUCCCACCGCCGUGGCCGUGGCUCGGUGAUGGAGGCCAACGGUUCGUCCUGAACUUGGACUGGACUGACACCAGAGACCGUUACAAAAGACUUGUGUAACGGACCUGAAGGCGGCGCACGGGCCGACGGUCCCGACACCAGCGGGAGCACGGUGUACCGGACUGCACGCGGAGGAAACCGAGGUCACGACUAAACCAUCAUGCCUUGGUUUCAACUGGCAGGCCAGACCCUGUCCACCCUGUCCACCCAACUACUGGAUGUUGUGGGUGUCUCUCAGUCUGGGGGGGGGCGUGCUCCAUGCUCACGGACACCUGCGAUGAGCAAACACAGAGGAUGCGCUCGCCGUUGUGCUGAAAAGGAAGCGGCCAGUCUGCGUUAUGUAACCUCUGGCUGUACUCUGCUGUCUCUCUACUCUCUGUGUCACAGUGCAGAGUGGUGGGGGGGGCGGGCCUUUCAGUCAGAGGACUUUCUGAAGUGCCUUCUGUGAGAUUGUUGGGGGACCCUGAAAAUACUUGAAUUUGUGAAAGCAACGAGAAUCUUCUGCUCCUUCUCCUCCCUACGAGGCUUUCUGUCGUUUACUGCUGUUGUGUUCUCCUCUCAUGGGCCUGGAUCAGUACAGCCCACUGCUAGCAACACUGCUAGCACUACUGCUAUCACCACUUCUAGCACCUCUGCUAGCACCACUGCUACAGCUAACCAGACAACCUCAGAGCUCCGGCAGCAACCGGUGCAAACAGAAACACUGGACUUACCUCACUCCCUUUACUGCAGCAUCAUCCACAACCUCUGCUUCCUCUUCUUCUCCUGUUGGACUCCACACACACACACACCUGAGUGCACAGCACAAUGCAAACCUAACCCUAACCCAGAUACAACAUCCUCUGCUCUCCUGUUCAAACAGUGCCUCACACAGGUCUAUACAUUCAGUGGGGACUAGAGCUGUAAAUAAUACUGAUAUUUAUUGUUGUUGUGACUCCUUCCUCACACUCAAUGAGAGCAGAGUUUAUCUCCUUCCUCACACUCAAUGAGAGCAGAGUUUAUUUAUUUAUUUAUCAGAGAAUUCUGGCUGUCUGUAUGUAUUUCAUUCCACAGUCACUGAAGGGCCCACGCAUUAUUUAAAACCACACACAGAGACCAGAUGAACUUCUCAAACCAUAUUUAUGGCAUGACGUUUUUAAAAGAGCAGGUGUGUGUGUGUGUGUGUGUGUGUGUGUGUGUGUGUGUGUGUGUGUGUGUGUGUGUGUGUGUGUGUGUGUGUGUGUGUGUGUGUGUGUGAUGUAAAUAACGUGUAAAUAGUCCCAAAAGAACUUCCAUCUUCAUUUGUCGAAGCAUUGAAUGUCUACUGAUGGUAAUUGGUUGUGUUAUGCUGUGUGUGUGUGAAAGAACUCUUCUGGUUUCAUGAUUGCGGCUUGGAUUUUUUUUUUUUUUCAUCCAUUCAAAUUAGAGUUGUAAAUUGUUAGAAACUAUUUUUAUACGAUUUGAAUAAAUAUUUUUUUAACUAUGA